AUACAUAUAUACACACACAAAGAGAGAACACACUAGCUUGCUUGCAGAAAUCGGAAUGAUCCACUAGCCAUCUUGUAAAAGACUGAAGUCAGAGGAGACCAAGCCAGGUAAACUCCCCCAGUCAGUGAAAGGGUGGGAAGCAGCACACUCAGUUCUCUCGCCUUCAUGGCACUGUCAUCCAGCACUCACUCAACCCCUCCUCAGCAGCUUUCUUCAUUUCACCUCUUGGGACUCUCUCCAUCGCACCUCUUCUUCAUUUCACUCUCUCUCCGCUUCUGCACAGCCUCCCACACUCAUCCCCAGUGGCGUCACAUCCCAGCUCACUACCCUGCUGUAUUUACCCUUGCACAGUCUUUAUCAAGUCGUACUGCCUUUCUGAUUUGUUACUGCAUUUUCUGACUACCAUGUGUUUUUUUCCACCCACAAACUUUCCAGCCUUCCCAUCGUAUUCUUCACCAUGAUUUACUAUUUGCCUUUGGCCUUCCCUCUCUGAUUUCUCUUUCCUUUCUUUCACACCUCUGAUUGCUGAUGCUCCUUGUGUUUCUUUCUUCUUUGCCCUUGACCCUUCAUUUUCUCUCAUUACGAAACCUCAGACAUGAUUCAUUCUCAACACUGGCUUUCCUUGGCUCUGCUUUUGCCUUGCUGAGUGCUUCUGGAGGAAUGCUGGGGACCUGGCUGAUUUCUGUGACAAAUCUCUUUUCCUAACAUGCAACUCUAAUUUAUAUCCCAUUUUUCCCAACACAGCAAGAACUUCUGCAUAAAGCCUGCUGUCUUCAGUCUCUGCAAAGAAUUCAAACUAUUUCCUUUGGGAAACAUUUCCUCACCUCUUUUCUACAUCCUUUGCUUGACUUCACCUUCUGCCAGUGCCUCUUCCUGAUAUUUCUGUUCUCCUCUCCUGUGCUAAACAAAUGUAUUCCCCUUCACACUAUCCCCCUUUCAUAUAUGCUCACUUUUCCUUCCUUCAACCUUUUAAUCUAUUGCUCUGGCAGUGCAAUAAUUCUCUAGUCUCUCCUGUGCAGAGAGGAGAAAGGACCCACUUCUUGACCCAAUUUGUUUCAGAUGAUUGUUCCAUAGUCUUUCUCUCCCUCUCAUGUAUAGACUCCAUGAACACGAUGUUCACAACCCAUGUCUGGGGCUACUCUGUUACAUGGUCUGCAGUCUGCCUGCAGAUCUUUGUGCUCAGAUGUCGCCACUGUCAUUAAAGUGCCUAAAGAAUUCCUCUUACCUAAAUCAAAUCCUGCUUAAUCUGUCAACCUCUUUCAACUACUCAUCUUGACAUCUUGUCUUUGCUUGGUCCAACAACUUCUACGUGGUUCUCUUACCAUUCUUUCAGCCUGUUUGUCAGCAAAUUCACUACAGGUUCUCCACCCUUGGUUUCUGAGGGGUGCCACAGCAACCUCACCCUUUUUUUUUUCUCUAUGCCGUAUCACUGGAUAAUGUUAUUCCAAUAAAACUACUAUCUCUCAGUCCAUAAUUCAAUUUGCCUCCUGUCCAAACAAAGCCCCUCUUGCUGUCCAGCCGCAUGGCAAAUUUCAUCUCAAUCCUAGUUUCUGCCAGCUCCUCUCUCAUGUGCUGGACAUCCCUCGGCCGGGAUACGCACCUUUGGUUCUGAUCUCCCUCCAGUCCCUCCCACGGUGGCCACCUUGAAAAAUCCACGAAGGGCCCAGGCCCUUCAGCGUAACCUCUGGGUACGACUACCUGCACCGCUGCAAACCCGUCAGCUUGCUCCCCGACACGCACAAACCCGCGGCAGUAGCCCCCGCCGCGAAGUAAGUAACAGAUGCGGGUGAAAGAUCCAUCAAGAGCCAACUCUGAGAAACCAAAGAGAAGCAAAAGGCCUAACAGGCCACAGGAUGAGGACUCUUCAGAUGAUAUUUCAGGCUUAACCUGCCAGCACGUGAGCCAAGCAGUGGAUGUGCAUCAUGUGAAGAGAGCGGUAGCUCAGAGCGUCUGGUCAAUAUGUGCAGAAUGUCUGAAGGAGAGGCGGAUGAGUGACGGUGAGCCUGUGGCACCUUCGGACAUAUGGCUGUGUCUCAAAUGUGGCUCUCAGGGAUGUAGUAAGAACUCAGAAGGCCAGCAUUCUCUGAAACACUUCCAAACAGCACGCACAGAACCUCAUUGCAUUGUUAUCAAUCUCAGCACAUGGAUCAUAUGGUGUUAUGAAUGUGAUGAAGAGCUGUCAACACAUUGCAACAAAAAGGUUUUGGCUCAGAUAGUUGACUUUCUUCAAAAACAUGGUUCCAGGGCUGAACCAAGUUCAUCAAAAAUCAUACGACUUCGUGAAGAAAACAGUGAAACAAGUGAAAUACUGAAAGGAAAAAGUUCUGGUAAUGGUGCAUCAGUUCCAGUUAAAGGAAUAAAUAAUUUAGGAAAUACGUGCUUUUUUAAUGCUGUCAUGCAGAACUUGGCACAGACUCAUGUACUAAAUGAACUGAUGUAUGAGAUGAAGGAGAAAGGAACAAAGUUAAAAAUCUGUCAUACUUCAGACUCCCAAUUGGAUCCUCUGGUGGUAAACCUCUCCAGCCCGGGACCUUUGACUUCAGCCAUGUUCUUGUUCCUUCACAGCAUGAGGGAGGCUGGAAAAGGUCCUCUUUCUCCCAAAGUGCUGUUCAGCCAGCUUUGUCAGAAGGCUCCUCGAUUUAAGGGGUUCCAGCAGCAGGACAGCCAGGAGCUUCUUCACUAUCUGUUGGAUGCGAUGAGGAUUGAAGAAACAAAGCGUAUACAAACUGGUAUCUUAAAAGCAUUUAAUAAUCCAACUACUAAAACGGCAGAUGAAGAAACUAGAAGAAAAGUCAAAGGCAAUGUUUUUUCAGCAUAUGGAAGAGAGGGUGUGAAGAUGAACUUCAUAGAUAGGAUCUUUGUUGGUGAAUUGACUAGCACUGUCAUGUGUGAGGAAUGUGAAAAUAUUUCAACAGUAAAAGAACCUUUCAUUGAUCUUUCACUUCCUAUAAUAGAGGAGAGGGUUGCAAAACCUGUGCCUUUGGGAAGAACAGGUAAAGGUAAAAGUGUACAAGAGGCAGACCUCAGUCAGUAUAACUGUUCUUCUAUCACUACAUUGAAUAAUCAACCCAAAAUUGUCAAGAAACACGCUUUAACAAAAGAUAAGAAUCAGUUGAACCAGGAGAGACGGCUUGUCAGAAAAGCUUCCUCGAAUGAAGAAGAAAGAAGUCCUGUUAUCAUGCAGAAAAAAACCAAAAAGCUCGAGCUGGAAGGUAGCUCCGGUGUCCUGUGCUCCAAAGACACGGCUGGUGACUCCGCUGUAAACGGGAGCCAGACGGACGGCAGCGAGAAGGAGGCCAGCCGCUCUGAGAGCAGCUUUGAUGCAGACAGUGAAGCCUCAGAAAGCGAAAGUGCUUCCAAGCAAACAGCUUUCAGCCCGUCCAGCAACGCGUCCGGUUUGCAUGUCAACCACGUAACCGCUAAAAUGCCGCACAACAAACCAAGUGACAGCAACGAAGAGAUGAUUUCCAGCGCCAUAUCCAAACUCACCUUCUGUGAGACUCUAAAUGAAGAUAAAAAAUUGAGCCGUGGAGAUCCAGCAUUUGGUUUAGCAAAUAAUUCCAUGUUCUCGGGAGACAAAUCCCCGCUAUCCCAAACCCCUCAAAACGCUUUCCAGACGCUUUCCCAAAGCUACAUAACUAGCUCAAAGGAAUGUUCUGUUCAGUCCUGCCUUUACCAGUUCACCUCUGUAGAGCUCCUAAUGGGCAACAACAAGCUUUUGUGUGAGAGCUGUACGGAACGGAAACAGAAGUAUCAGAAGAAAACCAACUCCACAGAAAAGAAAAUGGAAGGUGUCUACACAAAUGCUCGGAAACAGUUGCUGAUUUCUUCAGUUCCUGCUAUUCUUAUUCUCCACCUGAAAAGAUUCCACCAGGCUGGUUUGAGUCUACGCAAAGUAAACAGGCAUGUGGAUUUCCCACUGAUUUUAGACUUAGCACCGUUUUGUGCUGCAUCUUGCAAGAAUGUUACGGAUGGUACGAGAGUGCUAUAUAGUCUUUAUGGAAUAGUGGAACACAGUGGGUCAAUGAGAGGUGGUCAUUAUGCGGCAUAUGUGAAAGUCAGGACACCCUCCAAGAAAUUACUAGAGCAUAUUUCUACCACUAAAAAUGUUCUGGGGUUAAAAGAAGCCAUGGGAGCAUCAGGAGGACAGUGGGUGUAUGUUAGUGACGCCCAUGUUCAGAUGGUUCCGGAAUCAAGAGUACUAAAUGCACAAGCAUAUCUACUUUUUUAUGAAAGAUUACUGCUAUAAUUCUCAACGGUCUAAUUUAAAAGAUGGUAGUGGUUACUUAGUUUAUCUUAUUUAAAGCUGCAGUGGUAAGAGUACCUGUAAAUAUUGUGCCUUUAUCUUGUAGAGAAUUUAUCAUAUGUUGACUCUGAAAUUCAGUCAAGCUAUUAUAAAUAUCUGAAUGGUUCUCUUAAAGUACGCACUUUGCCAAGCAUUUGAAAUUCCUGGAUUCAUUAAAAUACAGUACUGUUAGAAUGUAAGAUGAUGCCCUAGCCUACUGAGGUUUAUGGAAAGUUUGUUUUUGAUUUUAAUAAAGAUAAGCUUUCACCCAUAGUUCUAGAACAGUUGAGAAUAAAAAUACUGAUAGCAUUAAGUGCCUGGAUUUGCUGGUAUACAGUAUCAAUAUAAAGUAUUUGAACUUUUCGUGAUCAAUCCAGAUCCUUCCCAUCACUGGGCUGGAUGUUAGCCGUUAAGAUUUCUGCAAACAAGAACCUGUGAAAUCAUGUCACUUCCAUAGGUAGUAAUGGGAGAGCACGGGGCUUCCAGAAUGGAGUAACAACAGCUGUCCUUGGGUAAUGCUGCAGCACGCUUCCCUGAUGGGGCUGGGAAGAGAUUGGGAAAACAUGGCUUCUACAAAGUGACAGUGAAUUCUCAGAUACCCAGUACCCUUUCAGCUGUCUCCAGCUGGCACUGGUAUAGCAAUGUACUCCUGUUUUAAUAUAAAUAUGUACUUGGUGUGCAUAUGUAUAUCCUCUGAUAUAUAUAUAUCCACACCAUAAACCCAUCAAUAUAUAUUGUCAUUUUACCUACUAGGAAAGAGAAUUGCAAAUACUUCUGUAUUUAGUAAAUUUUCAACUUCAUAAUUAUGACAAUGUACAGCAUAUAAGCUUGUGUAAGAAUACGUACGGGGUUUAAGCAUAACUGGGUAAUUCUGUUACUUUUGGUUCUAAACAUGAAUUUGUUUAUCUGUUCCUGAAUACUUUUCUCACAGGAGUAAUAAACUAAAUUAUUUUUGCA